AUGUCCUUUUCUGACCUUGGCGUGUCCAAGUGGCUCUGUGAGUCGCUCCAGGCGAUGCAGAUUCACACCCCCACGGCGAUUCAGGCCGCGUGUAUUCCUGAAGUGCUCAAAGGAAAAGACUGUAUUGGAGGUGCAAAGACAGGUUCAGGUAAAACCAUAGCUUUCGCUGGACCUAUGCUUUCAAAGUGGUCAGAAGAUCCUAUGGGUAUUUUUGGCGUGGUUCUUACGCCUACGCGAGAGUUGGCCAUGCAAAUCGCCGAGCAGUUUGCUGCUUUGGGUGCAAAUAUGAACAUUCGUCUAGCUGUGGUGGUUGGAGGAGAAGAUAUCGUGAAACAGGCGUUGGAGCUUCAAAGAAGACCUCACUUUGUGAUUGCCACGCCGGGAAGGUUGGCUGACCAUAUUAUCAAUUCUGGCGAGGAGACCAUCAAGGGUCUUCGUAGUGUGAAGUACUUGGUGCUAGAUGAAGCAGAUAGAGUACUUAGUAACUCCUUCAGUAAAGAUCUCCUGCGAUGCUUGGAGGUGAUGCCAGACGCUUCAAAAAGACAGACGCUUCUUUUCACUGCUACAGUUACAGACGCCGUGAGAGCACUUAAAGAGAAGCCUCCAGCUAACGGUAAACCACCAGUGUUUAUGCAUGAGGUGGAUGCUGUGGAUAAAGUGGCUAUUCCAGCAACUUUGCUGCUUUACUACGUUUUCACGCCUUCUUACGUUAAAGAGGCGUACUUGCACACCGUCUUGCUGCUUGAAAAGUAUAAAGACCUGAACGUUAUCAUAUUCGUGAACAGAACCCACGCAGCCGAGCUUCUAAGGCGUACGCUUCGUAAAAUGGGUUUUCGUGUUGCCUCUUUACACUCGCAAAUGCCCCAGCUGGAGAGAACAAGCUCCUUGCACAGGUUCAAGGCCCAGGCGGCAAAGAUCCUUAUAGCUACCGAUGUUGCUUCCAGAGGUUUGGAUAUUCCUACUGUGGAGCUUGUGGUGAACUAUGAUAUUCCUGCUGAUCCAGACGAUUUCAUUCAUAGAGUCGGUAGAACCGCCAGAGCAGGGCGUAAAGGUGAUGCUGUUUCGAUUGUGGGUGAAAGAGAUGUGGAACGUAUCAUGGCUAUUGAAGAAAGAGCUAAGGAGAAGCACGUUUUGUUGGAAGAAGCCAACGACGACGCUGUUAUUGAUAAGUCCUUGACGAAGAUGAGUACUGCCAAGAGAGAGGCGCUUAUGGAUAUGGAGCGUGAGAACUUUGGUGAAAAGAGAGAAAUCAAUAAGAGAAAGCAUGAAGACUCCAAGGCCAAGAAGGGCAAGAAAAGAAGAAGUUAG